AAACGAAGGAGAAUUUGAGUGGUGGUGGGCGCGUUUGGUGUCUCUGCUGUUGAAAUCUAUUUUAUUCGACCAACAGCUGCCACAGCCAUCAUGAGUGAAUUUAGGAUCCACCACGAUGUGAACGAGCUGCUCAGCCUCCUGCAGGUCCGAGGAGGGGAUGGGGCGGAGGGAUACAUCGACCUGCUGCAGAAGCACAGGACUCCUUAUGUCACCACCACAGUCUCGGCUCACAGUGCCAAGGUGAAAUUAGCAGAGUUCUCAAAAACACCUGAAGACUUUCUGAGGAAAUACGAGGAGCUGAAGUCCAAAAAUGUCCGUAAUCUUGACCCUCUGGUAUAUCUGCUCUCUAAACUCUGUGAGGAUAAAGAGACACUUCAGUCUCUACAACAAAAUGCCAAAGAGAGGUCAGAGUCUUCAAACCCAACUACUGCAACCAGUUACACUCUGCCUCAAACAAGCACAAAGAUUUCCAUGCAGGAGCUGGAUGAACUGCGGAAGAAGCUCGGCAACGUGACGGCCAGCUCCAACGCCCCUUUGCCUGCUGAAGUCACACGAAAGAUGCUGAGAGACAAACACAACAAGAAGAACCCCACACAGCCCAACCCCGUGUUUCCUAACUGGGUCUAUGACCGUCCCGCUCUCGUCGGAGACUUCAUCACCAGCCCUGCUCCUGCAGAUCAAGCUGUCACCAUCGGCACGUUGCCCCUCCCCUCUCAGGAGCAGUUUGUGGUUGAAGAUCUGCUGUUUGUCCUGGUUGGGGUGGACGGACGAGACAUCACUGCUCAGCCUGUCCUGGGGAGGCAGAACCGUUCUUUUAUAGUUGAUGCAACGCUGGACAUGUCCAUCAAGGAGCUGGUUAACAGAAUAUUGCCAGUUGCAUCGUAUUACUCAACUAUAACACGGUUCAUUGAGGAGAAGUCGUCCUUUGAGUACGGCCAGGUGAACCACGCUCUGACGGCGGCGAUGAGGACCCUGAUGAAGGAGUACCUGAUCCUGGUCACUCAGCUGGAGCACCUCCAGCGGCAAGGCCUUCUGUCUCUGCAGAAACUCUGGUUCUACAUCCAACCCACCAUGAGGACCAUGGAGAUCCUGGCGUCUAUCGCUUCUUCUUUGGACAAAGGGGAAUGUAUGGGAGGAGCGACACUGAGCCUUCUUCAUGACCGGACCUUCAACUACACGGGUGAUAGCCAGGCUCAGGAGCUGUGCCUCUACCUCACUAAAGCAGCCAGCGUCCCGUACUUUGAAAUCCUGGAGAAGUGGAUCUACAGAGGAAUCAUCAAGGAUCCCUACAGCGAGUUUAUGGUGGAGGAGCAUGAGCUGCAGAAGGAGAAAAUCCAGGAAGAUUACAACGACAAAUACUGGGAUCAGAGAUACACCAUCGUACAGCACCGGAUUCCCUCUUUUCUCCAGAAAAUGGCCGACAAAAUACUGAGCACAGGAAAGUACCUGAAUGUGGUGCGGGAGUGCGGCCGAGAUGUGACGUGUCCGGAUGCCAAGGAGGUGCUGUACACGCUGAAGGAACGGGCCUACGUGGAGCAAAUAGAGAAAGCUUACAACUACGCCAGCAAGGUCCUACUGGACUUCCUCAUGGACGAGAAGGAGUUGGUUUUACGUCUCAGGUCAAUCAAGCACUAUUUUUUAAUGGACAAAGGAGAUUUCUUUGUGCACUUCAUGGACCUGACAGAGGAAGAGCUAAAGAAACCGGUGGAUGACAUUGUUCCGCCCCGACUCGAAGCGCUGCUGGAGCUGGCUCUGAGGAUGAGCACAGCCAACACCGACCCCUUCAAAGACGACCUGAAGAUCGACUUGAUGCCUCAUGAUGUGAUCACUCAGCUGCUGCGCGUGCUCGCCAUUGAGACCAAGCAGGAGAAGGCCAUCAUCAAUGCGGAGCCCACCGAUGGGGCCCUUAGCGGGCUGGAGGCCUUCUCCUUUGACUACAUCGUCAAGUGGCCGCUGUCGCUCAUCAUCAACAGGAAAGCUCUGACCAGGUACCAGAUGCUUUUCAGACACAUGUUUUACUGUAAACAUGUGGAGCGGCUGCUGUGCAAUGUCUGGAUCAGCAACAAAGACUUCAAGUUGUAUACUUUGCCUUCUGCUAAAUGGUUUGCAGCUGCGUUCGCCCUGCGCCAGAGAAUGCUCAACUUCGUUCAGAACAUCCAGUACUACAUGAUGUUCGAGGUGAUGGAGCCGACCUGGCACAUCAUGGAGAACAACCUGAAAACCGCUUCGAACAUCGACGAUGUUCUGUGCCAUCACACCAGCUUCCUGGACAACUGUCUGAAGGACUGCAUGCUGACGAACCCCGAGCUGCUCAGGAUCUUUUCCAAGCUCAUGUCCGUCUGCGUCAUGUUCACUAACUGCAUACAGACAUUUACCCAGAGUAUGAGGCUGGAGCGCCUCUCCCACGAACAGGGAGCGGUGGACAGAUCUGCAGCUGCAAGCGAACAGCUGGAUGAGGUCGAGAAAAAGAGGCCAAACACCAAGUUUUUAGGCGAGGACGGCCUCCAGUCAGACGGCAGCUUCGAAGCCACCAUCGGAAAGUUCGACAGUAACUUUAGCUUGAUGCUGCUGGACCUGCUGGACAAGCUGAGCAUCUACAGCACCAACGACUGCGAGCACAGCAUGAUCAGCAUCAUCUACAGGCUGGACUUUAACGGAUUCUACACAGAGCGGCUGGAGAGGAUGGCUGUGGAGCGCAGCCAGAAAGCUGCAGCGUAGCAUGUCUUCUCCUGUGUUUGUAAAUAAAAUGUCAUUCUGCAAUAAAAAGACCUCUCUUCAUGGUUGUGCAUCAAAGUGCACCUUUUAACCACGGUGCAAACAGCUGCAUCUAUGUGCAUAUUGUUAUAUAAUAUUGUAUGAAAUGUAGUUUGAAUGUGCAGAGUCAUAUUAAUGCUUCAGCUCUGAGAAAUGUAACUCAACGUUAACUUAUUGUGCCUGUAUAGUGGAAAUGUGUAUUUGAAGUUAAAUAAAACUUGUGAUCUUUA